AUGGUGGGCGUGGGCGUGGCGGAGGGUGGCGGCGCUGGCGGGGCGGGGGAAGGGUACUACGGCGAGUACUACCCGCCUGAGCCCUACUAUGUGCCGCCGGAGAUGUGUCCGCACCCACAGCAGCAUCCGCAGCACACGCACAUGUGCACCAUGCACGCUGAUUACAGUGGGAUGCCGGUGGUAACAUCAGCAGCGAUGAUGCCCCAACUUAUGCCGCCAGUGUUGGACGAGGGCAUGCGGCACUACUUGGUGCACCCGCACGCGCAGCACCACCACCAGCCGCACCAUCAACCUCACCAUCAGCCACCCCACCAUCAACCACCGCCCCACCAUCAGCCGCCCCAUCCAUAUGGCCCCACAAAUGGUGCCGGUGGUCCGCAGCACUUCUAUGGGCCAGGGUAUACCGCCCACUUUCAUCAUGUGCCGCCUCAUCAUAUGCAGCACUCACCACCUCCUCCCAUAUACCCUAAAGAUGAGAGGACUCAACGACAGUAUUCAAAGUUAAAACAAAAGUUAGAAAGGAAACAAAACAACAGGAAUAAUGGUACAGAAAUAAACUCGGGUGCUAGCACACCAUCAUUGUCACCUCGCAAAGAACUUAAUGGUCGCGGAGGUGGUAGUGGUGGGGCUUCAUCAGGCACAUGGUCCGAGGGUGAGGGCUCAUCUGCCGGUGCAUCAAUUCAGGGUGAUGAUGAGAAUGACACUCAAGCUUUACUAGACUUGCUCUCCGCUACGAGAACUCCUCAGGUCAGUGAUAUGACUCCAACUAGUGCUCUGGUGCAAUGGAACUCUCCAAUACCAGAAGGUGUCACUAUGCCUAAUGUGGAACUAACUUAUGACUUGCUCUUAGGAGACCGUGGCCGAUAUAAAGCCAUCUACAGCGGCCCUUCUCUGUCUUGCAGGGUAAGGGACUUGAGGCCUGGCUGUGAGUAUUCAGUGUGCUUACAAAUACGCGCUGGUGAGCUAAUAGGUGCGGCAAGUGAGGCGGCGACGUUCAGGGCGCCCCCAGCCCCACCUGACCGUCUACCGCCCGCACGUGUCACACAGAGGCAAAGGACGUCUCUUCUCCUACGUUGGCCCUCUAUCUCUGACAACGGAGCCCGAAUAACCCAUUACAUCCUUCAAAUGGACUCUGGAGAUGGCUUUGUGGAAAUCACCCGGCCCCGUACGCGACAACAUACGGUUAACAAUCUCAAACCACAAACCCGCUAUCAGUUCCGCAUUGCGGCUGUAAAUGAAUGUGGUCGAGGAGAAUGGAGCGAGGAGACCGUCGUAUGGACGGCCGGCUCUCCACCCCCUGCACCCGCGCCUCCUACUCUAUUAGACUCUACCACUACGACCCUGAAGCUAAACUGGGAACGUCGCGCCGAUGAAGAAUUCACCCUCCAAAUGGACGAUGCUAUUCGAGGACACGGAUUCCUCCCAGUUUACAGUGGUUCAGAAUGCACCUACAUUUGUGAAGGUUUGCGGCGGGCUACGGAUUAUCGAUUUCGACUACGCUGCGAGACGUCUGAUGGCCAAGGUCCGUGGUCAAUAGAAGUUACUUAUAAAACAUUGCCCGAGAGACCUGGACCGCCCGGUCGACCCGCGACCAAGGGUAAAGUGCACUCGCGGGCUUUUAGACUAAAAUGGGAUCCGCCGAGCGAAGACGGAGGUGCAACAAUAGAAUCUUACACCCUGGAGUUGGACGGCGGAGAAGGAUACAGAUGUGCGUAUCAAGGAACCGAACGUGAAGCGCAUUGUGAUCGAUUGUCACCUGGAACAUCGUAUCGAGCCAGAGUUCGGUGCGCUAAUGUCGCCGGAGAUAGCGACUGGUCGACAACGGAAGUCCUGUCCACGGAAGCGACGACCCCUAGCGUGUGCGAUGCCCCCGAACUGGUCACAGAACCCCGGGCCACUUUGGUCUCUGUGCGCUGGCGUCCCCCGGAAUGUACAGGGGGUUCCCCCAUAACUGAAUAUCGCGUCGAAUUAGCUGGUGACGAUGGUGUUGUCAGAUUGGCUCAUACCGGCCCGCAAUGCGAGUGUGUAGUAAGAGAUUUGACGCCUGGCUGCCAAUAUAGACUAUGGGUGACCGCAUGCAACACUGUAGGGGCCGGUCCACCAUCUGCAGCGCUCCGGUUCGCGACCAAGGCCGCGCCACCGGAUGCGCCGGAACCUCCAACUGCGACGAUAGAAAGUUCUCGAACGGCUUGCUUAGAAUGGAACCCUCCCAUCUCUAACGGAGCGCCCAUUAUUGACUACCACGUGGAAAUGAGUGGAGUCAACAUAGAUGAUUCUUUCACUCAAGUCUAUAGAGGCGCUGAGACAGCGUGCGUGGUAGAUAGGUUGACACCAUUUACGCCAUAUUUCUUUAGAGUUUGCGCAACGAAUUCCGCGGGUCGGGGGCCCUGGUCAGGCAUAAGAGACGCGUUGAUGCCUCGCGCACCCCCCGCUGCUCCCACUGGGAUCCGACACGAAUCCACUGCAGAGUCGCUUCAUUUGUUUUGGCGAGUCCCGGCUUCUCACGGCGCUGAGGUUUUAUCGUAUCGUGUCAAAGUGGGCGAGGAGGCUUUUGACUCUGAAGGACCCACACCAGAGCAGUUAGUGGAAGGUCUCGAACCAGAUACAGUAUACAGUGUGCGAGUGGCCGCCUUGAAUGAGCUGGGACUUGGAGAAUGGUCUGAAGAAGCGCGAGCGUCGACCAGGCCGAGGCCGCCUUCUCCUCCGCAUUUGAAGUGCGCUCAAGCGGCGCAUAAUUACAUACGAUUGGAAUGGUCAUCAGUGGUAGAAGGUGCUCAGUACUGCGUGGAAAUGCGUGCUCCAGACGCGCGAGAGUUCCGGCCAGUGUAUCGUGGUUCGGCGCGAUCGUGCAAGAUUAAGAAACUGCGUGAAGCGACGUCAUACUCCUUUAGGAUACGAGCGAGCGAGGAGCGUGGCGGGCGAGGACUUUGGUCUGAGCCUAUGGAGUGUGGAACAAUAGCUGCCCCUCCCCCCCGCGCCACAUCCCCCCGACUGUGCAGCUGGUCGCCCCGCGCUCGGCGCUAUUGGCUUGGGAAUCUAUGGAUGAUGCUGAAUUCGUGCUGCAGUGUGCCCGAGCCAAGGAUGCUGUAUUUAAACAAAUAUACUCCGGCGUGGAUACGCAGGGCUAACAAGCGCGUGGUCUGGUACUACACGAGUGAGCGUUCCAAGCGCACCGCCGGCUGUGCGCGUGCGCCGGGCGCGAGCGUCACGCAGUCUCACCCCACGGCAGGUGGCGCUAGUGAUGGCGGGCGGGUUCCUCUUGCUCGCCGUGCUAGUGGCUAUCCUGGUGCAGAGGUUGGUCGAACCGCGGCCGUGACGCGCGCUCGCGGCGGCGCGACCGAGAGCACUGGCUCUACUGUGACCCACUCGCCGCCGCUCACACUACACGACUGCCUUCAUUGCGGUGGACUGACUACUGCGAUGUAG